AUGCGCCUGCGGCUCGUCCAGGUGCUCCACCGGCAUGGCGACCGGUCGCCGCUGCACAACGUGUUUGCGGGCGUGCCAUGGCGCGCAUCCAAGGAAGACGCUCUCUGGGCGCCAAAGCUCCAUGCGCCUUCGACCGGCGUCUACGGCCAGCUCACGACUCUCGGCGUCGAUCAAAUGCGAGCUCGGGGCGCUCAACUCCGUGACCAAUGCUUGUCGCAAGGAUGGACGCUUCGUGACGAGCUUAUGGACUUGAAGGUGCUGAGUACGCCGUACGACCGGACGCAGCAGAGCGUGCUGGCGCUGCUCUCACGCUUGGCCCCGCACGCCGCCACGAUGAACGACGUGCACGUGCUUCCUCGGCAUCUCAACUUUAUCAACGCCUACAGCGCCAACGGCGACGUGAUCAUUCCGCUCAAGAUGCAGCUUAUCGCCGACCACCCCGAGUACGCCAAGGACGAUGCGCGCGUCGAGCCGCUCAAGCAAGAGCUUGUGCAUCGUCUGCCCAUGUUCCGCGAGGGUGGUGAAGCCUUUACAUGGAUGAAGGCGGCCGACCACUUUAUCUGCCGAGACGCGCACGCCCUCGAGUACCUCCCCGAAACCAAGGAGCUUGCAAAGCCCACCAUCGAUCACCUCUCGCUGCGGUUCCAACAGUACUACACGGACCCGGUCAUUCUGCGUCUCGUCGCCACGGGGCUUGUCACCGAGCUGCUGGACCAAAUGGAGCAGAGCAUGGCUGGAGGCGCGACUCAUGUCAAGGAAGCUAUUCGCAUCUACAGCGGCCACGACGUCUCGCUCUUAGCGCUGCUGUACGCGUUGGAUACGUCGUUGGUGCAGCCGUUCUGGCCCGACUACAGCGCUGCGGUCGUGCUCGAGCUGCACCAGGACGGGACCGACUGGCUCGUGCGCGUGACCCUCGACAAUGAGGUCGUCGUGCCUCUCAUGCCAUUCCCCGUCUUUGCGAGCGCAUUGCGCCAAAAGACCACCCAUUAG